AACAGAGUGCAAACUGCACCUGUCACAUAUAGUGGAUUUAGAGGCACACUGGCUUUCAAAUGAGCCACUGCAAGACAGCGUAUAGAAAGGCUACUGCAAGAGCUGCCAUGCUGAGAAGAGGCAGGAACGGCCGCGCGCGGCAUUUGGCCUGGGGUGAACCUCGGCUAGAGGCAGAUGCCAUGGCAGCGAUCCAGACGGUGGACACGCAGGAGAGGGAAGGCCAAUCAAUGACACAGAUCAGCGACGUGGCCAUGGAGGAGGACUGCCUGGACGGCGCCCGGUCGGCCUUGGCGGAGGAGGCCUUGCCGAGCACGGAGCCGGUGACCGGGGAGUCUUUCUGCCGCUGUGAGCGACAGGAAGAGUUCGGCAUAGGUUUCAGCGCCAUCAGUGACUGCCUCUGCGGGGAGGAGGAUCAGGAUUUCGACUGGGUGUGGGAUGAGCACGUUAAGUCGUCCGGAGCCUUCCUCAGCUGCGACGACAGAAAAGUGAGCUUUCACUCCGACUACAGCUGUGGCACGGCGGCCAUCCGCGGCACCAAGGAGCUCUCGGACGGUCAGCACUACUGGGAGGUCAAGAUGACGUCUCCCGUCUACGGGACUGACAUGAUGGUAGGAAUUGGGACGGCAGAGAUGAAUCUGGACAAGUUCAGGUACAACUUUGGCAGCCUGCUCGGCCACGAUGAGGACAGCUGGGGACUUUCCUACACAGGUCUUCUCCAACACAAAGGCGAUAAAGUGAAAUUCUCCUCUCGGUUUGGUGAAGGCUCCAUCAUCGGCGUGCACCUGGACACGUGGCACGGCACCCUGACCUUCUACAAGAACCGGCGCUGCAUCGGCGUCGCUGCCACCAGGCUGCAGAACAAGAAGUUCUACCCCAUGGUGUGCUCCACGGCAGCCAAGAGCAGCAUGAAGGUGAUCCGUGCCUGCUACACCCCCACCUCCCUGCAGUACCUGUGCUGCACCAGAGUCCGCCAGAUCCUCCCCUCCUGCCCCGACAUCCUCAACGCACUACAGCUACCUCCAGGACUGCGCCUCCUCCUGCAGCUGCAGCUCGGCUGGGUUUUCACCCUCAGCAGCAGCAGCAGCAGCAGCAGUGACCCCGACGCCUCAGAGCAGCAGGACGACUUCCCCGAGGAUCUCCUGGAGGAGAUGAGCCUGCCGCCCAGUCCCCGAUCCCCCAGCCCGGUGUCCACCCCGAGUGCCUGCGCCUCCCCCAGCCCCUGCACCAGCCCCUUCUCCGACGCCGUCCCCUGCCUACGCUGCCCCUGUCAGCUGUCGCCUCCCUUCGGCGCCUGCCGCUGCCCGCCGACUCCUCCCAGCAGCGACUACGACAGCUGCUGCUCCGAGCCGGAGGACUACCAGUGCAAGAGGAGCCGCUGGACAUGACUGAGACGUCCGGGCGCUCGGCACUCAGCUGCUCUACCGCUGCCAUCCACAGGUCCUCCCUCCAUUCAAGGUUACGCUGUAGCCAACAUUUGAGCCACUCGUUUGCUAAAAUCAUUUGUGCAAUUUUUGUAUACCUAAGUGGUUUUGUUAUCAAACAGGAAGAAAAGAACAAUCAUCUAGAUUGAUUUUUCAUUCUAGCCAAAUUAUUCACCAAGCUGGUAUUUAUCAUGUUUUUCCUUAAUUCUUUGGUUUGUUUGAAAAGAUAAAACGGAUGAAGGGCAGCCUUCCUGCAGAGGCACAUUAGACCCUGAAGAAAGGAGAAAAAACAAUCUUCUCAGGGAUAGACUCCAAGAGGGACAAAGCUGUUUUUUGAUACUGUGAAAAGCUUUUGUAAUCAGCAUUAAAUUCAGGUAUUAGAUGAUUAGGAUUUGCUCUUUUUCGCUGUUUUUCUAUUGACAGUUCUGCUUUUGUUUAUGACUUUUCUUACUCAGGUAAUUCUAUAAAGAUAAAAUAAAUUAAAAACAAAGUCUGCUGCAGAUGUUCAGAUCUG